CAAAUAGGAUGUUAAAGAAUAAAAUUUCAAAUUUAAAUUCAAACAAUAAAUGGAUAAAAGUGAUUAAUAUUUUAAAUAUUUGAUACUUAUAUAGAAGAGAUGGCAAGAACUAAAGAAGGAAAAGCUAUAUCUAAAAAAAGUAUAGCAAAGAAAGGCGAAGAAUAAAUGAAAUCAAAGAAAUCGAAAAGAUAUCGACCAGGGACAAUUGCUUUAAAGGAAAUAAGAAAAUAUUAGGAUAGUUCUAACUUAUUGAUAAGGAAAUUACCAUUUUAGAGAUUAGUUAGAGAGCUUGCUGGAUUUUCAGAAAAAGAGAUGAGAUUUUAAAGCAGCGCAAUUCUAGCUUUGUAAGAAGCAACUGAAGCAUUUAUAGUAAAUAUGUUAGAAGACAGUGUUAUUUGUGCUCAUCACGCAAGAAGAAUAACGGUGAUGUAGAGAGAUAUUAAUUUAGCAAGAAGAAUAAGAGCUGAUAAUUUUUGA